GUAAGCGCCGCUGCGCCAUGUUAUCGAGGAUAGGAUUCAAAUCACCGCAAUCGGCUGCCAGAAUAUAAACUACAAGGCGUUUCUAACAAGAACAACUCUAAAUCAAAACUUAACACUUUCGCUCGUAAGCUUGAAAUUGGUAGCGUUACCGGCCGGCGAACUAGCUGGCCGAAACGAUUUUUUAUUAGUUUCCAUUGGUUCAAAGGCCGAAGCGGCUGCCAUGGAUUUUUAAGGCAUAAUGCGGCAUCUCUAAUGCAACGGCAAUGCAUAGUGCAAGGCAAAAUCAAGAGCGAAACUCCAUCUUCGCAACUGCCAAGCAGUUGGGCUCAAAUACCGUCCGCGGUAUACCUGUGAGCCAACCUGUACCACUGCUCCUGGACCGGAGGAAGCUAACGCUAGCUAGUUAGGCAGCUUAGCUAACAACAUCAAUUGAAAGAUUGAUUGAUUCCAUCGAUUCAUCGUCAACACUAUUACAAAAUGAAGCCUCAAGACAUCACCACCGGGAAGCCCAGCAGCCUGUGGAUCUUCGGGUACGGGUCACUGGUGUGGAAGCCUGACUUCAAGUACAGGAGGAGCCAGGUCGGCUACAUUCAAGGCUACAAGAGACGGUUCUGGCACGGAGACAACUUCCACCGCGGGAACGACGAGUUGCCCGGAAGAGUGGUGACGCUGAUUGAAGAUGAUGACGAGAGCACCUGGGGUGUGGCAUUCGAGGUGACAGGCUCUCAAGUUGAGGAGUCCCUGAAGUACCUGAACGUGCGCGAGGGGGUCCGCGGAGGCUAUGUCACCAAGAUGGUGGAGUUCUUCCCAGAGGGGGAGAACCAGCCUUCAGUUCAGGCGCUGGUGUACAUCGCCACCGCAGACAACACGCUCUACCUGGGGCCGGCUAGCUCGGAGAUGAUCGGAGUCCAGAUCGCAGUGUGCAGGGGGAAGUCGGGCCACAACCUGGAGUACCUGCUCCGCCUGGCCGAGUUCAUGAGGAGCAGCUGCCCACAGGUGGAAGACCACCACCUGUUCUCCAUCGAGGCCGCGGCACUGACCGUGGUGUCCUAUGUGUUGGCCUCCCAGUAGCUCGUACCCUUUGUCACACACACACACACACACACACACACACACACACACACAACACUGAGGCUUGUCACAUCAUGCCAGUCCAACCAUUUUUAAUGUUGUGAAAUCUCUCUUCGCACGACCAUCUGGUGUACUUGAAUGCUACUAAGUGAUAAUAAAAAAACGAAGCAUGACAUUAAGAGGUCUUUUUUUUUUUUUACUGAAGCAUGACCUGAUGUUUGCAAUGUAAUGCUACAUCUGUAUGAUGAAUUGUUACUGUAAACAUCUUUUUUUAUUUGCACAGUUCAGAUUCCGUCCUACCCAUACAGACGGUACAACAUUAAUUGUCAUGGUGAAAACUUGUUUGCAAUUGACCUGUUUUGUUUUUUAAAGCUCAUUGUGCCAACUUUUAUUCAGUUGCAAACAUCAAUAAAAAAGUUAAAAUAA